UAAAUCACAUAUUACGGUGGGAUCGACAUAGAUACCCCUCAGUUGGGGGCUGUGGUGAGGAUUGCAUUAGUUUGCAGAUCUGGUGGGGAACAUGACUUACGUGGCUGGGCUGAACAAUUGUCAAUCCCGAAAAGAUGAGGUGACACCCCGCUUCGACCGGCUGAAAGAUGCUGAUGGGUUUCAGCAGUAUCACUAAUUCUCAAUUGACAGAGGCAGACCUUAAGAAUGAGUCCCACUGACCGGAUAUGGACUCCACCUACACAUAUAAUCUCGUCCCUCGAUCCAUGCCUUCUACCUCUGCACCUAAAAAACUAUAAACACUUAGUGAAUUGACCUAAGUCCCUUUCAUAAAUCUAUACUCAAUAUGUCCGGUGUCGCUGCCGUCAAAACCCCUUCCCAUGAUGACAUCCAAGUCUUCUUCACGACGACCAAGUCCAGCCUCGGCCUAGACAUCAGAAAGACAAUUCACCAGGGAGAAAACUUUACAAAGCAUUUCAAACCAACCGAUGGAGAACCAACGGGCAACGUUCUGGGCACAUCCGACAUCGCCGUUUCUACCUACUCGGGCAUCCAGUUCGUCGUGGGAAUUACAGGAAACUCUGCUGCCCCGGGCAAUGCAGGAGGCGCAGGUGCUCCAACCACUGACAACAACAUCGCCAUCUUGAGUCCGAUCAAUCAAACUAUUGCCAGAGUUGAAGAUAAUAACACGCGAAUCACUUCUUGUUCCAACGGCACUAAAUCGUCUGUCUUUUUCCUUGGCAAUGAUCCAAAUAACACGACGGUUGGCCAGUUACGGGAAUACGAUUUCGACACCAAGAAGGUGGAUACCAUUCGGCGCGUUGGAAACAUAGUCAAGGGGUCGGGUCUAGCCAGCUACUACACGAAAGACGACCGUCUAGUGGUUUACCAGGAUAUAGAAGGCGCUCUUCGUGAAUACUCGUCAAAGAUAACAAACAAUUUGGUCAUAGACAACACGAAGAACAGUGGAGCGAGAACUCCGCUGGCGGUGGCGUAUGACUCUCAGUUUAACAAGACAUAUGUAUACUAUUCCGAUAAGGAAGGUGACGUGUAUUUCGUUGUGAAGGAUCAAGGUAACUGGAAGCAACCCUCUAGACUGCCUAACAACCUUAAUAUUCCCGAUGGUCAUCAGAUAACUGUUGCUCGAUCGGACAACCUCAACCAUCUCUUCUGGGUGUCGGCACGCUUGAGGGUAGAGCAUUGGAGACACAAUGCCGACCAAGCUAGUGAAGGCAGUUAGUUAUAUAGCUAUUAGCUUGGUUGGCUCUUUUUUCAUCUCAGAUACUAAGUCCAUGAUUUUG